AUGGACUAUUCUACUAUACCAACAAUUGACAUUAUAUGCUGCACAGAAAAGUGUACUGAACUUGAGAAAUGUAUUGAAAUAAAUUCAACACUAGAAGAAAUGAAAAUAGAUUUUGAUAGACAGGAUAAAAUUUCCAUUGUCAGUGUCAUUAAAGGAGUAACAAGGAAUAAAACAAUAAAAUCAUUAACACUAAAGCAUUUUGCUUCUCUACCUGGUGGAUUAAUAGAGCAAUUUCUAAAGGAUAAGGACACAUUACAAGCACUUUCACUAGACUUUUUAUAUCAUUUCCUACCAUCAUCAAAUAUAGAGGUGAACACUCCACUAAAUGCUCUAGAGGUAGGAGUUUGGUAUCCUUCAUUCUCCCUCAGUGAGCAAGAACCAUAUGCAGAAUUAUGGAUGGGAACUCAUAUUAAAGGACCAUCUAUAGUAUCCUACCCGCCAUCAAUAAAUGGUCUCCAAUUAUCAAAAUGCGUUAUCAAUCCAGGGCCAUCCCAGUAUCCCACUAAAGACCACGCCCAUUCUCUUCACUCCAAUUCCCCUCAGUAUUAUCCUGACUCUAAUCAUAAGCCAGAGCUUGUCAUUGCUUUGAAUAAUUUUGAGGGAUUGUGUGGUUUUAGACCUUUUGAAGAAAUUAGGAACUUUGUCGUAAACGUACCAGAACUACAGACUGUACUAGGUGAUGAAAUUGUCCAACAGAUGACUACUCCACUUUCCUCAGUUACAUCAAAUGAUUUAUUAAAGAAUUCUUUUACUAAACUGAUGAAUCAGGACCAGUCAAUAGUUGAACAGGAAUUAGACAAACUGAGAGAAAGGCUCAAACAAGAAAAGAAUGGUAAACAUACACUUUAUUGUUGCUGUAAUGUUGCUAAAUGAACCUUUGGAUCUGCAGUUCUCUUAUUAAUA